UAACAUGUUUACGCCAGUAGAAGAGCACAAUGUUGUUGCAAAAUAUAUCAAGAAAUUAUAGUGAUGUACUCCAAUGUCCAUUAUGCUCAUGAAUGUAGCUAUCUGAAUAUUGAAGAUGGCACAGAAUGUAAACUACUGCAUAUCAAGAGUGAAAUAAGGAGAGAAGAAAGGAGGAGAAAACAGGGCAAAUGAGAGCUCAAGUGGAGUAUUUUAAAUGACAGAGGAACAGAAUGUACAUUUAUUGCUGUGAAUAUGCGUGGGUGUAUGGCAUUGCUUUACCUUCUUUUGCCUCUCUCUUUAUUCAUCUUUCCUGCGUGCACUACACCUCUCAAUGCAGUGGCAGCAAAUCUGUCAGAACAUUUGUGGUUGUUAUAGUGAUGGGUAUAAAGAGCUGACUUGGUCUUGGCUGCUGAGAAAGAGAGAGAGACAGAGAGAGAGAGGAAGAGAUAGAGAAGAAGCAGGAAAAAAUACAUAAACCGCAAAUCUUUAAAAGCUGGAAAAACAGAGAUAAGGGUGGGGGCAUACUUGGACAUGCAAAUGAUGAAAUGUUUUUUUUAAAUGGGCAGGGGGUGUUAUGGGGCAGGGAUCAGGUGGGGCAUUAAACAUGGUGAGAUAUUCAGAGGGGGUCUCAGCUCAUUUACCAACACCCCCAUCUCCAUGACAACCAGGAGAAAUUAUUGUUAUGUAAUAAUGUCAGCGAUCCAGACGAUUCCACUUUCUAUUUUGGAGGGGGUAGCAACACAAGUAGAGCAGACUGGAGGCCAGAAAAGCAAAGCUAAUAUUGGCAAUGCCCUAUUUUAAUAUGACAUUUUUAAUAUUUAUUACAAGCCAUUACUAAUCAGCCUGUGUACUGUUGUACAAAUAAUAUAGAAUGCUAUAUGUGACAGCACAUUAACAGAAUCUUUUAGGUUUUGACCACUGUAGAUAAUACCAUUAAUAACAUAACAUUCCAAUCACAUCAAACAAUCAAGUUUACUUUUUAUUUACUUUGUCAUUUAGCACUUUCUAUAAACUGACAAUUGUGCUUUUUUUAUCAUUAUUACUGUCUAUACUAUUUCAGACAUUUUUAAACCGUUAGUUCAACCCAAAAAUAAAAAUUAUCUCAUCAUUUACUCACCCUCAUGCCAUCCCAGAUGUGUAUGACUUUCUUUCUUCAGCAGAACACAAUUUUUUUUUUCAUGUUUUUCCUGUAUGUUGUGACAUGAAACCGGUCUGCCACAGAUGUGUUCUUGGAUUACAGACUAAAUUAUCACCACGUCAUAAACCAUUAAGCAAUCGAUUAUUUUUACAUUCUCCGUCUGAAUAAAUAUUUAUAUAGUUGCUGUGGCUUCGGUUUUGUAGUGUGUGAGAGAGAGAUCCUGGCACCACCUGUCUCCAUUGUAACUAGCUUAUUCAGGUAGUUUGUCCCUAUUGUAGCACCGUAGCACUUUAACAGUUCAGGAAGAGGGGUGAGAAUUGUAGGGGGAGGAAAAUAAUGGAAGUGCUUGGAAAAUAGUGUUGAGUUUCCUUGCAGAGGUGAGACGUCACAGCCCGACCACAAAGAACAGAAAUAGGAAUAGGAGGAAGGAUCAUACCAAGACAUUGGAGAGAGAAGUUCAAUCUGAGACAAAAACAUUAGACAUUACACCGGAUGGACAAAGUUUAUUCCCAAGAGUCCUGAGACAAAUCGUUCAAGAAUAUUUAAAUAGUAAUGUGUGUGCAUCGUGACGAGUCGCUGAGAUAAAGGGCCUGGCUUUAAAAAAAAAAAACAAAACAAACAAGGGACUGUUUAUGGUUUCUGUUCUUCCCCCUCUCUUUCUCUCCAACCAAAUCGGCGGAGAGUUGUGCGCACAACCGGGAGCCGCAGCUGACUGACGGACUGACGGCAGGAGGGAACGAAAGUUUGCAAGGCGGGCGGAAAAUUAUUCGACGUAAACACUCCUUGUUUUCGACACUAGGACCGCAUAUUUCAAGCUUAAACACAUUGUAGAGACUUUUGGAAACUGCAGAUAUUUGUUCAGACGAGCGGUGACAUCGAAAUCCAGAUUGAAAUCCUGUUUUAAGGCGUGUGCGUGGGUUGCGCCGUAACAUGAAGGUGGUGGCAGAUUGACGCGGAUAGCGCGAGCGCCGCUGUUUAGGAGCUGGGCUUCUCACUCGUCUUGAACUUUUACCUUUCUAUUGAGAUAUUUCUGAUUUAUACCGCUUGUGUGUGUGUAUAUAUAUAUAUAUAUAUAUAUAUAUAUAUAUAUAUAAAUGUAGUGUUCUUUGACUGAGGUGGGCUUGGCUUAGUUUACGCAUUCUGCCAAAAUGAGUGUAGAGACAGCGCGCAGUGUGGUACAUCUGACCGGAUCUGAGCGCCACUUUAAGCUCAUGUAAAUGUUGCCAUGCAGUCUUCAGGACUAUAGACCAGCCAUUUAUCAUCUGUAAACGCUCGCUAGGCUCUCUCGACCAUUUUCUGGUAACAUUUGUCUCAAGAACAGGGUCAGUUGGCAUUGAAGAACCUCUUGUUCUUGAAACAUAUUGACGGUCAGAAAUCCUGCAGCUGUUUUCGCACGCGGUUAAACUGCUCGCGACGGGGACGAGCCAAAUGUUUCUCCGGAAAGCUCACAAGUUUUCCUGAACUGUCCUUUGAAAUAAACAUUGUGGAAAAUAAAUCACAAAAAGAGUAGCUGCAGUUUUGGACCACGUAUUUUUAAUCCUCGCUUCCUUCAGAAAUUACUGUAAACAUGUCAGAAAACGCACCUACGCGGAGUCUGGAUGACAUCGACCUGUCCGCCCUGCGGGAUCCAGCAGGAAUAUUUGAGCUGGUGGAAGUUGUGGGCAAUGGCACCUACGGACAAGUGUACAAGGGUCGUCACGUAAAGACAGGUCAGCUGGCUGCCAUAAAGGUCAUGGAUGUGACUGAAGAAGAGGAGGAGGAGAUUAAAGCCGAGAUUAAUAUGCUGAAGAAGUACAGUCACCAUAGAAACAUCGCCACCUACUAUGGAGCCUUCGUAAAGAAAAGUCCACCUGGACACGACGACCAGCUCUGGUUGGUGAUGGAGUUUUGUGGUGCCGGCUCAGUAACAGACUUGGUGAAGAACACAAAAGGAAACUCGCUGAAAGAAGACUGGAUCGCCUAUAUCUGCAGAGAAAUACUGAGAGGUCUGUCUCACCUUCAUGCUCAUAAAGUGAUCCACAGAGACAUAAAGGGACAGAAUGUACUGCUUACAGAGAAUGCAGAGGUGAAACUCGUGGAUUUUGGUGUGAGCGCGCAGCUGGAUCGUACAGUAGGCAGAAGGAACACUUUCAUCGGCACUCCAUACUGGAUGGCCCCAGAGGUCAUUGCUUGUGAUGAGAAUCCAGACUCCACCUAUGAUUACAGGAGUGAUAUCUGGUCUCUGGGCAUCACUGCUAUAGAGAUGGCUGAAGGAGCUCCUCCGUUGUGUGACAUGCAUCCCAUGCGAGCCUUGUUCCUUAUCCCACGGAACCCUCCUCCUAAACUCAAGUCCAAGAAAUGGUCCAAAAAGUUUAUAGACUUCAUUGAGGGUUGUCUGGUAAAGUCAUAUCCAAGUCGUCCCUCCACAGAACAGCUACUGAAGCACUCGUUCAUCAGGGACCAGCCCACAGAGAGACAGGUCCGCAUCCAGCUAAAAGAUCACAUUGACCGUACACGCAAGAAACGUGGUGAAAAGGAGGAGACAGAAUAUGAGUACAGCGGUAGUGAUGAAGAGGAUGAGAACAGAGGAGAUGAGAGAGAGUCCAGCUCUAUUCUGAAUGUUCCGGGUGAGUCGACAUUGCGGAGGGAUUUCCUGCGGCUGCAGCAGGAGAAUAAGGAGCGCUCAGAGGCCUUAAAGAGACAGCAGGCGCAGCUCGCCGCUCAGCGUAGAGACCCUGAGGAGCACAAACGCCAGCUGCUGCACGACCGACAGAAACGGAUAGAGGAGCAGAAAGAACAGAGGCGGCGCUUAGAGGAGCAACAGAGGAAAGAGAGGGAGAUGGUGCGGCAGCAACAGGAUAAAGCUCCUCACAGGAGACUCGAUGACAUGAGGCGAGAGGAGGACAGGAGGAUGGCAGAGAGAGAGCAGGAGUUUAUAAGACACAAGUUGGAGGAAGAACAGCGGCAGUUGGAGAUACUGCAGCAGCAAUUACUGCAGGAGCAGGCAUUGCUAAUGGAGUACAAGCGUAAACAGCUGGAGGAACAGAGACAGUCGGAGAGACUUCAGAGACAGCUGCAGCAGGAGCAUGCUUACCUUGUCUCACUGCAACAACAGCAGCAGCAAGACAAGAAACCACAGAUGUACCACUACAGCAAAAACCUAGAGAACAACAAACCAGCCUGGGCUAGAGAGGUUGAGGAGCGCAGUAAAUUGAACAGACAGGGCUCUCCCAAAAUCUGCGCUACAGUCUCUGACACCAACAUCCAAUCACGUUCUGAAUCAGUCAACCAAUCAGGAGCUGCUCAGACUCCACCCAUGCAGAGACCUGUGGAACCACAGGGUGGACAGGGAAAGUUCCAGAUGGCCCACCUGGUGCCGUUAAAACCGUACGCUGCUCCUGUCCCUCGCUCUCAGUCUCUUUGCGAUCAGCCCACUAAGACAAUGUCUGCCUUCCCCACCCAGGAUCCCUCUCCCACACCCAUACCUCGCCCUCUACACUCCAGAGAACUAGUUCGUCAAAAUUCUGACCCCACCUCCGAGACCCCCACCCCUCAGUCUCGGCCAAUGAGAGAUGACCGGGGGCCUUGGAUCCGUCUUCCGGAGAUUGAGCAGCCUCCUAAAAUUCCUCAGAGAACAGCCUCUAUAGCCACUGCACUGAACACAAAUCUCUCCUCUGGUAUCAGACACCCAGUCCGAGCAAGUAAUCCAGAUCUGAGUCGUAAUGAGCGUUGGGAGCGAGGCGACAGCAUGAGCAUCAUGUCCAACUUGCCACAGACCGGCUCUCUAGAGAGACAUCGCAUACUCAGCUCGUCCAAGAUGGACUCUUCCCCCACCCUGUCUCACGAUGGUCGACACAAACCAGGAGAAUCCCGGACAUCAUCUAGACCCAGCAGACCAGCGAGCUAUAAGAGAGCAAUAGGAGAGGACCAUGGACUAUACUCUAAGGAGCGGGCAGAGGAGCAGCCACGGCCCCCGGUGAAGGCUAAUGACUACUCCUCUUCCUCAGAAAGCAGUGAGAGCAGUGAAGAGAGUGAGAGUGGAGAGGGAGCAGAGGAGGAGAGCCCUACUGACCGCCCACGUGAUGCAGAUUCUGACUCAGUGAACACUAUGGUAGUCCAUGAGGAGGAGGAGGGUGAAGGAGGAGAGGAAGAACGUGCUGGAGGAUAUGGGGACCAAACCAUGCUUGUACAAAGGACCCCAGAGAAGCGUAGUCAUAAUGGAUACACCAACCUGCCUGAUGUGGUUCAGCCCUCCCACUCUCCUACAGACUCGGCCUCCCACUCUUCUCCAGGGAAAGACUCUACCUAUGAUUAUCAGUCCAGGGGACUGGUGAAGGCCUCUGGAAAAUCCUCCUUUACUACUUUUGUAGACCUUGGAAUGUACCAACCAUCAGGGGGCACAGGAGAUAACAUUUCCGUUGGAGGUCUGGGCUCUCGUUUUGAGCAGCUGAAGCUGGAGGUGAGGAAGGGAUCUAUGGUCAAUGUCAAUCCCACCAACACUCGUCCAGUCAGUGACACUCCUGAAAUCCGCAAAUACAAGAAGAGAUUCAACUCUGAGAUCCUCUGUGCUGCUCUCUGGGGUGUGAAUCUGCUAGUAGGGACAGAGAACGGCUUGAAGCUGCUGGAUCGCAGCGGACAGGGGAAAGUUUAUCCACUGAUCAACUCGCGCAGAUUUCAGCAGAUGGAUGUUUUGGAGGGUCUCAAUCUACUCAUUACUAUAUCAGGAAAGAAAAAUAAGGUGCGUGUAUAUUAUCUGGCCUGGCUGAGGAACAAAAUCCUUCAUAAUGACCCAGAGGUGGAAAAGAAACAGGGCUGGACCACUGUAGGGGAAAUGGAAGGCUGUGUCCACUACAAAGUGGUGAAAUAUGAAAGGAUCAAGUUUUUGGUUAUCGCUCUGAAGAAUGCUGUGGAGGUUUAUGCUUGGGCUCCCAAACCUUACCAUAAAUUCAUGGCCUUCAAGUCAUUCGGUGACCUGCCUCAUAGGCCUCUUUUGGUGGACCUCACAGUGGAGGAAGGCCAACGGUUAAAGGUCAUCUAUGGUUCAAGUGCUGGCUUCCACGCCAUUGAUGUAGACUCUGGAAACAACUACGACAUCUACAUUCCUGUGCAUAUCCAGUCGCAGGUGACUCCUCAUGCUAUCGUAUUCCUGCCCAACUCCGAUGGAAUGGAGAUGCUGUUGUGUUAUGAGGACGAGGGCGUUUACGUCAACACAUAUGGACGCAUCAUCAAAGAUGUGGUGCUGCAGUGGGGAGAAAUGCCCACAUCUGUGGCCCAUAUCUGCUCUAAUCAGAUUAUGGGCUGGGGAGAGAAAGCCAUUGAGAUCCGAUCUGUUGAGACGGGACACCUGGAUGGGGUCUUCAUGCACAAGAGAGCUCAGAGGCUUAAGUUCUUGUGUGAACGAAAUGACAAGGUGUUUUUUGCAUCAGUGCGCUCUGGUGGCAGUAGUCAGGUCUACUUCAUGACCCUCAAUAGAAACUGCAUCAUGAACUGGUGAAAGAGCUGCCACAUGAACAUAGAUUCUGCUGUGUGCACACAUACAAACACUGAAGAGUCCUCUCACAUAUACACUCUGUAAAAACACACACAUAAUCCUGCACAAGCCUACAGAUGGAACACAUACACACGCAUAGUUAUUUACUUCCUGAAGACACUCCUACACCAUCUCCUUUAAUCUCUGAGCCAACCGAAAAAGGAGUGUGUGUAUGUACUGUGAGCACACUGCUGACCUCUGACAGAGCAAUGUUGUGUACAACUAAUUCCAAAUGGUUCAUUUUCAGCAUACUGGGCCCCUUCACAACAUUCCUCUCCGCUAAUUUCUGACAUUUGUAGGACCAUACAAAAAGGCUAAAUGUACAUUUAUCUCUAGAAAUGUAUGUAAACUAUGAGAAUCACAAAAUUUCUGUUUUCUGACACAGCAGCAUGUGUGUUUGAGAGAAUUUAUAAGCUACUUUGAGCAGCAGAAACAACUUGAAACUCUGCAGCAGUAGAGGGUGGUACUUCAACAUCUGUAAUUUUCCAUUUCCACUGUAUAGUGAAGUAUUUGUUUGUCAUCGGUUGCAUUCAAAGUUUCUGAUACAAGUGAUAUACAGUAAUGUUUUCUUUUCAACAAGUAGAAGUAUAGACAAUGAUUUAAAAAAAAAAUCAAACAAUAUCAGUUUUAACAUUCUGAGAUGAUUUCCUUUCUGAGGGAGGGAAGGGGAUGGGUUUCGCUUUCUCGAUGUAUAAACAAGAAUCCAACGCCUAUGUUGCCAAACUGUUUGUUCUAUUGAAACGCCUUUGGCCGCUUACAGAGCAGAAUCAGGCAUUUUGUUUUUCCACUAGUCAUCUAGUGAGACCGAGUCACCCACAAUAGUCUUUAGUUUUGCUUUUCAAAGCACUUUUUUUCUUUCUAUUUGGGAAGUAUCAUCAUAUCUACUACAGUUUGAUAUUCUCUGUACGUAAACGUAUUUAGUAUUACUACUACUUUCAUGAUCUGCUGUUCUAUAGCUGUUCCAUUUGAAAUACGUGUUGUGUGCUCGUUCUUGUACAAAGUUUUACGAGGGAGUUUUUCUUUGGUUCUGAUUCUAGAGGCAGGAAGUUAUGAUUAAGUGCUUUUUUUGGCAGCAUAAAUGUAUAGUUCAGUUAUCACUGUGUAAAUUGUACAUAGCAGCCGUAAAUGUAUUUAGAUAAAAAUCUUGUUUGUAUGCACUAGGCACAUGAUUUUUUUAGGAGUUAAAUCACUACACUACUGCGUAAUACAAUAUUAGCAUUUUUCUCACCUCUGUUAGUGAUUUCUUAACUGAGUCAUGUGUUUAUGCUGUCAAAAUUAAUUGAUUGUUGUUGGAUUUUAUUUUUUAGGCAGGCUUGUAGUUUUCAAGUGCAUCAGGGAAGGGAUGUGCGUUUGAUCAGACUUUUUAUUUUUAAGAAAUAUUUGGACCCCACCAUUUUUAACAACACACAUGUCAUGUUUUAGACAAAGACUUGGGCAUGGAUCUGAGCAAAAAUAUGCUUUUGUUUAUCUGACAGUGUGCAAAAGAGACAUUGUGUGUGUGUGUGUGUGACUGUAUGAAAUAUUAAUCAGUAACAUACAGUAGGAUCAGUACAAAGCAAUAGUAUAAUGAUUAGUGACGGGUUUGUGCCUGGUAUGAAUGUCUCCAGCUCUGCAAUACUAAAACUGAGAUUAUUUUCUGGCUAUACACUCAUUACCAUGCAGAUGAUCUACAUCUACAGUAGGGCUGAAACGAUUAGUCAGUGUUAUCGACAGUAAAUAAUUGUCGACAAAAAUAUCCAUUGUCAAAGACGUUUGAAGUCAUUUAAUGUAACGAGAUCAUAUUAAAAUCUAAUGAUGGCACGAGAGGAGCACUGCAGCUCGCACUUGAUUUAGGAGAGAAAACACAGCUCACAGUCCAGACGCACUCUAAACUUUCCAAACAGCUUCUGGUGAUGUAGAUCGUAAAGUAUGAGGGAAUUAUACAAAAUAAGUAAAUACAGAAGCACUCUCGUGGAGUUGGAGAUGCCGCUCCGCUGAAGCAAAACUUGCGUGUCAAGCAUCUUUAAAGGAAACACCCCGGCAUUACAUCUUAAAUGCAGUUAUAUUUAAUGCGUUAUAGCUUUAUUAAAGUUCAAAUAAUACAGAAGCAGAUCUUGUAAAUAACUACAAACUCUGAAACUGGCAUUUCUCUGUGCGGUCAGCACCUCUUCUAAAGGGGAGAUAUUGAAACUGCAACUGGCUGAUCAUGGGGACGCUCAUCCCUCGAGUGCACACGUUUAAUAUAGCUAGAUUAUAAUGUGAUGUCUCGCGACUUAUUGAAUCAUAAUAUUUGUGUCACUGUGCAUCUCUUAUUGUGAAGAAAAUUGGAAAUACGCAGCUUUAUUAAUAUGAGAGUUUGUUUUUUUUCUGAGUUAAAGAUGGUUUGAAGUGAACAAAAAGGUGAGAGAGUUAGUCUUCGCCCUGCACUGCACUGCAACAAAAUAAGUUUUUGAUUUGUUGUUGUUUUGGCUUGUUUUCCCAUACAAAUAUCUAAAACUCUUUUAAAACAACGUACAUUAAUCGCCCGAAGAGUCGAAUAAUUGUUUUAAUAAUCGUUAGAUAAGUCGAUUAUCAAAAUAAUCGUUAGUUGCAGCCCUAAUCUACAGCAUACAGCACAUACUCACAGUAUUUACCUGCUUACUGGUCUAAAACAUUUUAGAAAUCCUGUCCACAACCUAGUCUUUUCUUCUCUCCCUAUUUAACAAAGAUGGUAUUUUAGAUACUUAGAAAUGCUGCCUUUACAAAAACAGCUUGUGUAUGAUGAGCUAAUUAUAUUUGAACACAUUGGCACACUUUGGUCCUUCCUAAAUAUUUUUCUAGUGAUUUACCAUAAAUGAUUUUUAAGCACUGAUUUGUACAGUAGCUUGUGGCAGUACAAUCAUCAUAAGUUACCUAAUAGCCCCUCCCCUCCCAAUGCUGGACAUAUUGGCCGCUGUCACACAGUGACACUUGUCUAGACAAGCACUAAACGGUGAUGACACAUUCAGUCAGUCAGUCAUUAAAAUAUACCAGUCAUAAGCGGAACACUUCUGACAAGUACAAAUAUAUAAACAUUGUUAAAGUUGCAUUUUAGAGAAAAUCAAAACAAACUUGAAUAUGUAUAUCUGAACUGAACACUACUGUGCCAUUGUGACAGAUCAUCUUUCUCAGAGAUUUAAAAUCUUUUGUCCACCUCCCGUAUUAUAUGUUACUCCUUCAAUCUCUUACUUGCUAUAGAAUUUUUAAGCAUUUUCAUGCUUAGUUAAUCUAACUGCCAUGUUUACUGAAAUAACAGUGCCUUGGAUUGCGGUUGGGUGCAUUUGCUUGAUUGUGUGUAUGUGUGUGAGCAAUGAGCAAGUGAUUGUUUCAAUAAGAAUUGAUGUUCAGGGAAGAGAAAAAUAAAGCUUAAUCCAGUUCAUUGUUCAGUUAGGGGUCUUGUGCCAACAAAGUGCACUUAAACUGACAAUAGCCAGAGCACCGAGACAGGCUCUUCUCACUCUGUUUUAGCACAAAAGCCAUACCAUUUAGAGUUCAUUUCUGCAGUUUUAGCACAGUGCAUUUCUCCACAGUAUUUAGACUUUUAAGACUUUGUUUCAAACACCAUGUUUGAACCAAAACACUAUUUUGAAGAAAAUGCUCUUUAUUCUGGAGUGGAUGUUAAUAGUUGUAGCUUGAAUUGCAUUUGCUUUAUAAUUUUGCCAAAGAUGGAAAGCCUCUGGUUUUCAUGCACAAGGUUUAUAAAAGAUUUGGGUUGUCAUGGUGAGGAGCUUGGUUCCUGCAUUGUGAUGUAAGGGUUACCAGCAUUCCUGAGAGCUCUUGAAAUUGGCUGAGAAUUUGCCUUGAUGCUUACUAGUGAAUGCGUACAACGCAUUUUUCACGCUACUGGAUGAUGGAAUUUAUGAUUUAUAUCGGAUUUAUGAUGUUAUAAAGAAAUGAUUAUAAGGAAGUAAGCUUUUUGACACUAUGAUAUAUGGAAGGGUUUAUAUUAGGAUUGAAGUGGCCUGUCCGGAUGGAAAAACUGAGGAAAUUAAUAUAUAAUCCCUCAAUUCUUUUUCUUUUAUACCUAAAUAUAUGUACAUUUCUAUAAAAAUAAUUUAAUAAAACAUAACCUUAUAAAUGGAAAUCAAUAAAUGAAUGCAUUUAUAUAUGUAACAUUUUGCUGGCUGAAUAACAAUAUGAGCCCACUGCUUCUUUCUGUUUCGCAGUCAAAGCUGUACAUACGGCUGUACAUUCAGUUAGACUCAUAUCUCUCUCCCCUCUUUUUCCCAGCAAGUGUUAUAAAAGAGAGUGUGUGGGUGUGCGAAUGUGUAUGUGUGAAUAGGAGAGCUAUUUUUGAUCCGAGUGUGUGCUUCAUUAUUUCCUUAGAGGAAAGAGAGUGGGGGGAGAAAAGAGAAGACCAGUCAAAAGCUAUUGAGGACCAGUAUGGUCAAACAUGCACACAAAUCAUCAUCACUGGACUCGAGCCACAAAUAUGACUCAAGUUUGUAAAUGCCACCAAUGACCAAAUUUUACAUUUUAGUCAUUCUAUAGCAAUUGACACGCUCCUGAUCUCACAGUAUUAGACUGACUUCAGAAAGCUAAUAGCUGAUUAUUAUGGAUGUUUUCUCUUGUGUGAGAGUAGUUCUACAGGUACACAUGUUGUUGGCUUAAUUGCAAACUUUCCAAAUGUAAUCAGUUUGUUUUAUCCUGGUGGUAAGUCACCUAAAGCCAGACAGAGAUAUAAUGUUGCAGAUUUUUGAAAUUCUCCUAUGUGAGAGCUCUUAAAUUAAUGGGGGAAGAACUGAUGCUAAAUUUGAGCUCUGAUGUAUUGAAGACUUAUCAGACAGCUGGCUCAGAUGUCUAUAACUGUAGUCAUGUUCAUUCUUGCUAAGGUGCAAAUGCUUCAAUUGAAAUGUGUGAAGAUGAGAUUUUACUCUCCUUUCCACAAGUUCCCUCCUACGCAGUCUGCAAAAUAAAACAAAUUUGAAGAAAUGCUCCUCGGACCUUAGCGUUAAAUCCACAUGCUCAUUCACUUUUAUAUCCAACAAUAGCCAGUCUUUAAAAUGGUAGACCAGGUUGUGUGUAGUGUUGUAGAGAGGUCUGGAGCUGUCUGGUUUUCGUUUUAAGGCCUUUACUGCUGUGUUUGAGGUAUUUAUAUGCUCUACAUGCUAUUACCACUAUGAUAACAAGUGGCAUUUCUCUUGUUGCUCUCUAGUAAUAUGAAGUUAAUCCCUUAUCUGAUUUUGUAAAAUAUUUACUACAAAUGAAAAAAAGUUCAUGAUUUGUAGUUUGUUUUUGUUCUUUUGGGUUAAUCUUAUAGCAGUAGCCAGGAGCGGUUAAAGGUUGUUUGGAGGUCUAGAUAAAGUUGAUCCUCUGUGAUGGGUUGAUUAUCAUUUUUUUCAUUUCCUUUUUUUUUUUUUUCCUCAAGUGUUUGUUUAGGAGAGGGAAUGUUUCAGAAGAUUUUAAGUCUUAAAGAUUGGUUGCAUUCACAAGUCUGUAAUGUCUUAAUACAGCAUUAUUUGAGAAUAAAAAAUUACUUGAUCACUGUUAAAAUUGUUACUUUUUUUCUUUCUUAAUUUUAUUUUUAAAAACAAUAAUUGUAUUUUUUCCUUGUUUGAAAUGUUUUUAACUUUGUAAUGUGUCCAUAUACUGUAUUUUAUGGUAUGUUAGAGAAUUAUUAGAGUAAAUCAAGUACAGAAAUGUAAUUUUCCAUCAGCACAUUCAGUAAGUUUACAUGAACUUUAAAAGUUUGAUUUCAGUCUGACAAUUAUCUUUCCAAAUGCUUUAAUCUGACUGAAAUUAUACCAGUCCAGUUUUUGAGAAGUCUGACUAACAGACCAACAGAUAAUGCAGACUAACAAAUAAUGUGUUUGUAGCUUGGCUUCGUCCAGCAUAUAUACACGUUAAUCAGACGAUAAUUGGCCUUGGCAAUGUGCACAUGCUCCAAUAGACAGAUGUGAUGUGCAAAAACAUUUUUAAACACUUCCUCAGCUGAUGUCCUUCCUUUUAAAUAUUUG